AUGAGCUCUGGGGCUGAGGCCCAGAAGCAUGAGCAGCCCCAAGCUACCCACCGAGACCCCCCCACCCCUGGACUCGAUGCCCUCACCUGGCUGGCUUGGCCCACAUGCAGCAACCUUGGUGAGCCACGUGCCUGCCUGCUGCCCUCCAAGGCCUGCUGCUCUUGGUCACCUGGGCCUUCCUCCUUAACUGACACACAACCCCAGGCCCCACCCCUGCCCAAGAAGACCCUGACCAGGGCCUGGUCCCUGCCCACCCACAGGGCUGCCAGCCUCAGCCCUACUCCAGCAGGGCAGCCUCGAAGGCCUCUUCUGGGGUUCUGCAGGGUGGAUGAGAGUCAGACAGGCAGUGACAAGACUGGGCCAGCCGGUCCCCCUGCAGAGCUGCCACUCUGCUCACUGGACACUGAGCUGGGCCUGUCCUUCUGCAACCUGCAAGGCCUGGAGGCCGUGCAUGCUGCGGAGGCCUGGCAGCGGGAGGGCCUCUGCGCUGUGCAUGACUGGCUCUAAGCGCGGCUCCUGGAGAGCCGGGGCCCCUGCCCCCCGGGCCACAGUUUCCACCUCCUGAACAGUUUAGCCUGUGUGGGAAGCAGGGACACCCUCUGCUACCACAUGGUGUGGAUGGCCUGGCAUGUCCUGGCCACCAAGGUGCCCAAGCCUGGAGCCAAGGAGCCCCUGUGGGCUCUAGAACUGCAGGCCUCGCUGGAGGAGCACUUCAACCUCUAGCGGCUGUGUGGUCUGGUGCUGGAAGGUAACCUGCUGCCGGCGAUGCCAUGGGAUGUUCAGCUUCCAGGGCCGUGUCUGCUGCCUUCGAACUUUAGCCUUGUCCGCCCAUGGUUGCUGGAACUUCUGAGCGCCCACAAACUGCAGCUGGGCUGCCUGCUCAGCUCUCUGCUCAGCCCUGUGCUCUUGGCCACGCCUUGGCUCCUGGCAGCCCUGCUGGUCCAUGUGCGACCCUCCGCGGUCCUGACUUGCUGUGCGCUGCAGGCACUGCUCUGGGGACCUGGACCUCUCUGGGCCACUCCCAGAUGCUGCUGUGGGACCGACCCUCCCAGAGUGAUGUGUCUAUUCCAGGACCUCUACAAGAGGCAGGCAUUCCGUCCAUGGCUAGGACUGGAGGCAGUGUCUCCACAAAAGGUAGAUGCCCCCUUCCAGAAAAGGCCAGAUGGCCAGUGGAGAGUGCAGGGGUGUGGACAUCCUUCCUCCAAUGCCCGCCCCCUUCCUUUGUUGGGGGCUUAG